CUUUUCUUUGACAUAUGUUGCGAGCGGAUGCACAGCAGUUUUGUGAUUAUAUAUAAUUUUUUAUUUAUCGUUAAUUUUGUUAUAAUUUUACAAAUUAAAAAUGUAACAACUUGUGAAAUCUUUAUAUUGUUUUCGAGUGAUCGGGUCUUAAAUAAAGAAUUGCAAAAUUAGGUACACAACUGCUGUGGGUGACCUCUUUAUGGCGUGUUAAACGUCAAUGUGGGGUUUAAAUUUUUUCUAUCCGCAUCUCUUCUUGCAAAAACUUGCUUGUUUGUAAUUUGUUUGCUGCUUUUUAUAAUUUAGUGCUUAAGUAUAAGGCUAUUAAAAAGUAAAAGCUUUGCGUAGAGCUUGUAAAUAGUAGUAAAAUGACUGACACGAAUCUAAAAGAGGGGAAUGAUUUUAUUUCCGCCAGCGUGGCCAAUAAUGGAGAUCUAUUGGAGACCAAUGAUAUUCCAUCGGUGUUAAGAAGUUCGGAAGAUGUGUGCAAGUUUAUUGUAAAAGCACCUCGCCCAGAUUCUAAAGUAAUAUUACAAAACAUGGAAGAGGUGUUGAAUUCUGUUAAAAAGAAACAUCGGCAAAAACAUAAAAAAAAGAGGGAACAGAAGAAACUUGCAGAAAUGGAAGCAGCGGCAGAAGCUGUGGCAGCAGCAGAAAUAUUGAACUCAGUAGAACGUGAGGACCAUGUUGAAGACGCAUAUUCAAGUGGCAGUGACACACGAAAAAAUUUCAAAUCACAAAACGAUAAAAUACUACUUGGCCAGCACCUAAAAACAAAACCUCUACAGGAAAAAAAAGUGCAGGAAAAUGGUCAAGAAGAUUCCAAACGAACUGGCCGUGGUAAGCAAACUACGGAUAAAAGGAGCCCAUUGAAGAAGUCACCGGCUUUUGAUAAAAGCCCGUUGAAGGGCGGAACAUCAGCUAAUGGAAACAUUUUACGACACUUUCAACGAACACCUAAGAAACACCAACAACAUUCAGAGCAAAACGAAAAAGUAUUAGAAGUAAACGCGACUAGAAAAACUAAUUCAUCUGCUGUGAAUCAACCAAAAACGAUGAAUGCUUUUGAGGUUAUGAUGAAUGCCAGAAACAAAACAAUCGGAUCAAACACACCUGGAAAAGAGUUAUCACCGACUAUGAAUCAAGAAUCAACAGUUAAUACUAAGCGCAGACUCAUGUUGCAAGAAUGGUCCGACAAAGUGGGUGGCACAAAACGAAAGUUGGAAGAGGAAAAACGUGAGGCAUAUAUAGUGGACCAAUUGGAUAAUCGUGCGAAACGUUUCAAACACAUGCUCGAACAUGGCGGCUCGUCGAAGCAGACUGAUACCCCCACACAAAAUAAACAAAGAAAACCUAGGAAAGCAGAUACCACUUCUACUGCAACAAAGCAGAACAUUGAAAAACCAAAGCGUAGAAAACGAACAGCCAUGCGUCUUGACUCGAUCGAUUCAGUUGAUGAUAAUGAAGAAAUUACUAAGAUAGAUGCCGAAACAGCUGAAUUUUUAUCUAAACUAAAUUCACCAACUAAAAAGCGGGAUAGCCUACUAGGUUACUUCCCACGAAAGGAAUCUCCAACAGAAAUUGCUUCAAAGAGCGGAAAAGAGCCAUUGUUAACAACGCAAGAGGAUUGCAUAUCUGAGACUAAAAAGCAUCGUACACGUCGAUCGAGUAAAAAUAGUGUAGGAAUAAAUACCGUGCCAAGUACAGAUACGGCCACACCAGUAAGAGAAGAAGGAACUUCAUCAUCAGCAACAGGAACUGAAAAUACACCAAGUGGUAGACCAAAGCGCUCUUGCGCAGGGAAAGCGCGUUAUGAUUAUGAUUUAGAUGUAAGCCCAACAAAAACUGCAUCAAUUAAAAAACCGAUUUCGAAAGUUAAAAAUGAUGAAAGCAAAAUAGAGUUGGAAAUAAUAAAUUUAGAUGAUAGCAAUAUGUCGCUUUCGCCAGAAAAAGUGGCAAAAAAAUUGGCACCACUUUUCGUACGGGCGGUACCAAAACCAAGCCCCGACCCUGUUAUACUGAAAGCGCGACAAGAUUUCUUAAUGUCAGGAGUACCAGAGAAAAUGCGUUUGGAAAUGGAAAAACAAAAACAAUACGAACAAACGUACGACGAAGAACUUGACCAUUUUCCACGUAUUUGCCAUGUUCCCGAGUUGAGCUUAAAUGACAAAAUUUUUUUACAAAAUAAGCGAGAUUUCACUUUGAAAUUGAGACCGCUGGAAGACGCUAUUGAUUCCAGCAAAGCAAAGUAUGACUCACCACAGAUAAAAUAUUCGAAAAGUGAAAAACGUAGAUCUCGGAGUAGUGUGGGCAGCUCGAUAAAAAUGCAAACAAUUUUGAAUGUGAAUUUAGAACCGAAGAAAUUUGCAAAACCAUCAAUGCCCUUAUUAUCUACGAUUGAUAAUAAAAGAGAUAUAAUUAAACUUUGGAAAGGUGAUUUCGAUCGUUUUCCAACUUUUAAAUGUUACAAUCAAAUGAGAGAAAAGUAUCGAUUUUUCAGUGCUUUGGACUCGGCACAGGAUAUGGAACAAGUAAGCGAAUCGUUUGUGGUGACACGUAGAACGCAAAGGAAACGUAAUUUAGAAACGGCUGCCUCCAACACCGAACAAGAUGAUGUAAAACCGCCCGCAACCGCACCCAAUGGUGAACUAUUAUUUACUGAGAAGUAUAAGCCAAUGUUAGUUGAGCAAGUGCUAGUAAAUCUUGUACCAGUAACUCAGUUGCGUGACUUUCUUGCCACCUGGGCUAAUGGUAAUGGUGGAAGUGCGCGUAAUUCGCAAACAUUUGAUGAUUCAUGUGAUGCCUCGAAUGACUCGAAUUGUAGUUUGAGCGGUACUACGUGCAAUGCUGUGGUGCUGCUGGGGCCGGUAUCGAGUGGCAAAACGAAUGCCGUGUACGCGUUGGCAAACGAUAUGAAUUUCAAUGUGCUGGAAAUUAAUGCUGGUAUGAAGCGGACAGGGAAACGUUUGAUACAAGAAUUGCAGGAAGCAACCCAAUCUCAUCAAAUUCGUAAGGACUCAACGCCCACCCAAAGUGCUAGUAAAGCACAAAAAAAUCUACUCCGCAUGUCGUUGAACGGUAAAAAGGUGAAACAAAACUCUCAUAGUACCAAUGAAGGUGAUAAUAGCGGCAACGGUAAUGGAGACACGGUUCAAAAUACCCGAAAGUGUCUGAUACUAAUCGAAGAUGCGGACGUAGUUUUCGAUCAACUAGAUAGUGGUUUUAUCGAUGCGAUUUACACAUUAGCAGCCAGUUCUAAGCGACCCGUCAUUGUGAUGGCAACAAAUCCCAAUUGUAUGCAUUUACAACGACUUAUGAAUCAGAAUACAAUAUACUUCACGCCACCAAAUGCGCUGAACAUAUCACGCUUUAUGGCCGUACUAUCACUUAUCGAAAACUGCCCUAUCAAUUUAGAUGAUCUAGUUUCUUUGUAUUUGUAUAACGGCAAAGAUUUGAGACGAACACUGUUGGAAUUGCAGUUCUUCAUACAAAGUGGUGGUGAUCGUAAAUCAAUAACCGAAAACGACAUUAAAAUACAGUCACAACAGCGUACACCGCAGAAAGAUACGGUUGCAAAACGUGAUUUGAAUUUCUUUGCAUCACCCACAAAACGACGUCUUUCAGUGGAAGAACGUUCUCAGCAACCUCAAGAGCCUGACGAGCAACUUCGAAGAGAUCGCUUAAAUGCGGAUGGAAGUAGUAAGCGUAGCCCCACCAAUGAAGUGUAUGUGCACCGUUCGCUUUUUGAAUUUUUUACGCUCAAUCAGAAUAAAAAGUGGCGUAUACCAUUUCCCGUGGAUUUCAGAUUAUUACGCGUUAAUUUGGCAGAUAUAUUUCACUGCUCACAACGGUUGCUAGCGGCCAGUGCAAUUGAGAAUGACAUAAAAAUCGAGAACAAUCACGGUGUAGAAAAAAGUGAGGCAACAAAGCGUCGCACGCGUACACCAAAAGUGCCUACCAAGGUGCCGGUGAAUGAUGUUAAAAAGUCAUCACUUGAAGUGAUUAGUGAUUUUUAUGAAAAUAUUUCAAUCGCCGCAUUAUUGGGCUCACACAAUGCUGAUAUGUCCGAAGGUUAUACUAACACUGCCGGUGGUAAAAUGUCUAGAAGAAACACCGAUUUAGGUGUUGAUCGGUUACUUCCCCAUAUGUCUGAGCAUAUUGCGCAUGAGCUAGUGGAGCAGGCGAUCAGCGUAAAUUUAGCGGCGGAUACGUGUCCAUAUAAUCUUUUCGACACGCCAACGGAACGGCUCUCGCUUUGUGACUACAUAAACAGCAAUGCAAUAAGUGCUCGCAGUCAGCGUACGCGUGCUAUGGAUUUAGAACCAGCAUUGCGAGCCAUUUGCCGUAGCGAGAAGCAUCGGGCCAUGCAGGAGCGGCGUUCAACUCGUUUCUAUCAUUAUUUGCGACACAGCGCCAUCAAUGCCUCCAGCUUUUCAACAGAGCUCUUUGGCAAUGCCUGUUCGAUAUUGCUAGAUACCACCGCAACGGAGUUGCACCCGGGUGAAGAGUUGAAGACUGAGGUGGAUAAAUAAUAGUUUAAAAAAUAUUUUCAUUCAAAUGUCAGCGCCAAGUGCUGCGUUUGUAUUGUGCGCAUUUUUUAUAAGCAUAUUAGAAAAAAAAUAUUUAGCUAGGUGGUAGCAACAAGAAAAAGAAUUCUUAGUAAAAAUAUUUUAUCAAGUGUAGUAUAAUGUGAAUUUAUUGACAUUUUACACUUAUUACCUAUA